GCUUAAAAAGCACCCUCAAAUGCUACCACCACUAACCCCAGAAAAACCUUUCCCAGUUUCCUCAAAAAUCCCAAAUUCACUUCAACAAUGUCCACUACCGUUUCUUCCUUCAUCUUCUUCUUCUUCUUCACCAUUUUCAACAUACCCUCUGUAUCUGAAGCCAUAGGUGUAAACUGGGGAACCAUGGCUUCUCACCCUCUAUCACCCGUUAAAGUAGUGAAGCUUUUGAAGUCCAACAACAUCAAUAAAGUUAAACUGUUUGAUGCAAAACCUGAUGUUCUUCAAGCUCUUUCUGGGUCUAACAUUGGUGUCACUGUUGGUGUUCCUAAUGUUAUGCUUAAAAGCUUGAAUUCUUCUAGAAAAGCUGCUGAUAGUUGGGUUCAUGAUAAUGUUACUCGCUAUGUUUCUAAUGGUGGUGGUGCUGCUAAAAUUGAAUAUGUUGCUAUUGGUGACGAGCCGUUUCUUAAAAGUUACGGUGAACAAUUCCAUCCCUUCACAAUUGGAGCUGCUAUGAACAUUCAAGCCGCUUUAAAGAAAGCAAAAUUGGACAACAAAGUGAAAGUUGUAGUUCCAUGCAGCUUUGAUAGUUUUGAGUCUAGAUCCAAUUCGUCCACCGAAGUGCAUUUCAGGUCUGACCUCAACAAAACCAUGAUUGAGCUCCUCACAUUCCUCGACAAACACGGAUCACCUUUCUUUGUAACGAUUUCUCCAUUCGUAACCUUCCUUGAGACCAAAAACAUUUCACUAGAUUUUUCACUCUUUAAAGAAACUGCACGCCCUCAUAAAUUCAGCCGCAAAACAUACAAAAAUAGCUUCGAUUUGAGCUACGAUACAGUGAUUACUGUUUUAUCAAAAGUAGGAUUUUCUAAUAUGGAAAUUGUUGUUUCAAAGAUUGGUUGGCCAACCGAUGGAGCUGCCAACGCAACCUCGUACCUUGCAGAAACCUUCAUGAAAGGUCUAAUGAACCACCUCCAUAGCAGCUCGGGAACACCACUACGACCACAUCAGCCACCACACGAAACAUACAUUUAUAGCCUUCUCGACGAAGAUCAAAGAAGCAUUACUGCCGGAAACUUCGAAAGGCAUUGGGGUUUAUUCACCUUCGACGGCCAAGCGAAAUACCACGUGGAUCUUGGCCAAGGUUCAAAGAGCCUUGUGAAUGCUGAAAAUGUUGAGUAUCUUUCUUCUAAAUGGUGUGUUGUGAACAACAAUGAAGACUUGUCGAAUGCAACUGCAAAAGCUUUAGAGGCUUGUGCAAAUGCUGAUUGUACUGCACUAUCUUCUGGUGGAUCUUGCUUUAACAUUACAUGGCCUAGUAAUAUAUCAUAUGCUUUUAAUAGUUAUUAUCAGCAGCAUGAUCAGAAGGCCGAAAGCUGCGACUUUGGUGGUCUUGGUUUAAUCACGACCGUUGAUCCAUCCUUGGAUCAUUGCAGGUUUCCGAUCGAGAUUAACACCUCUCAUGCAGAAAUUUAUAGGGUGUGUAGUUUCUUAUGGAUGAUUUUACUUGUAAUAACCCUCUUGGUAUAAUUGGAGGUUUAACUUAAAGUAAAAGUUAGGAUAAUUUUUGCAGCUCUUGGACUGUGGUUAUUUUGUUGUAGAUGUCUAUUGAUGAAGUAAAAAUGGGUAGGUUUUUUUAAAGUUAAUUUAUUUGUGUAAUUAAAGUAUUUGUGUUAUCACUUUGGUUUGCCUGUUAUUCACUGCAUGCGUUGAACAUGAAAUGACCAUUUCCUGAAAUUGAGUUGUAGUUCUUGAGAAAGGUUCUAUUGAUUGUUAAAUUUUGAUCAA